AUGGCACCGAUUUUGGAUAGACGAGCCCCCGCUUUGCUCUUGGUUUGGAGUUACUGCGUCCUGGCGGACACUGCUUUUACGAACUUUACUUUGGACAACGAGUUCCACUCCAGUUUUAUCCACCGUCGGCUGAAAAGCCAGGAGCGCAGAGAGAUGCAGCGGGAGAUCCUGUCGAUCCUCGGGCUGCCGCACCGGCCGCGACCCCACCUCCACGGAAAGCACAACGCUGCCCCGAUGUUUAUGUUGGACUUGUACAACGCCAUGUCCACAGAGGGGGACGAGGACAGAUACUCCUACCCCUACAAGCCCGUCUUCACCACCCAGGGCCCCCCGAUAGCCAGCCUGCAAGACAACAACUUCUUGAACGAUGCAGACAUGGUCAUGAGCUUUGUCAAUUUAGUGGAGCAUGACAAGGAAUUCCUACCAGUGCGGCGGCAUCAUCGAGAGUUCAGAUUUGACUUAUCACGGAUCCCUGAGGGUGAGGCGGUCACUGCUGCGGAGUUUCGUAUAUAUAAAGACUUCAUCCAUGAACGCUACGAUAAUGAGACCUUCCGCAUCAGCGUCUACCAGGUGCUGGAGGAACACGCUGAUAGAAGGGAAUCUGACCUGUUUCUCCUGGACUCACGGGUGAUCUGGGCAGCAGAGGAAGGUUGGCUCGUUUUUGACGUGACAGCCACCAGUAAUCACUGGGUCCUGAACCCAGGGAGAAAUCUGGGUCUACAAUUGGCUCUGGAGAGCACAAAUGGAGAGAGCAUUAACCCUCGUGUGGCGGGGCUGAUUGGUCGCAGUGGGCCUCAGAAUAAACAACCCUUCAUGGUGGCCUUCUUCAAAGCCACUGAGGUGCACCUGCGAAGCAUCCGCUCAGCACCAGGGGGGGCCAAACAGCGUAACCCCAACCGCUCAGAAAACAGCAGUACUGAUCAGAAGCAGGCUUGUAAGAAGCAUGAGCUCUACGUCAGUUUCAGAGACCUGGGGUGGCAGGAUUGGAUCAUUGCUCCAGAAGGAUAUGCAGCGUACUAUUGCGAGGGAGAGUGUGCCUUCCCACUGAACUCCUACAUGAACGCCACAAACCAUGCUAUUGUGCAAACCCUUGUUCAUUUCAUUAACCCAGAGACGGUUCCUAAGCCUUGUUGUGCUCCCACACAGCUCCACGCCAUCUCCGUGCUCUACUUUGAUGACAGCUCCAACGUCAUCCUCAAGAAAUACCGCAACAUGGUGGUCAGAGCUUGUGGCUGCCACUAG